AUGGCUGACAGCAAGAACAGCAAACCCGCGGUGGAAGAAGGUGAAGAGGAGGGAGUGGACGAGAGGAAGUACUUCCAGAAGGUGCUCGACGAUGUCGUCAGCCUCAACUCCCUCUUCACCGUCGCCGUCUUCGUCGGCCUCUCCCUCGCCCAGCCGGGCCAGGUUCAGAGCCUCGAGGACGACAUCACUUGCCACCCGGACGCCAAGAUACGCAAGCGGCUCGUGGGCUUCGAGAUCGUCUCCUUCAGCUGCUUCGUCUUCUCCGGCUUCCUCGCCAAGACCGUCAAGAUCUUCCUCUACAUCUCCAAGAAGCGGGAGGGCUUACCCGGCGCCGCCGUGAAGAGCCCGCACCGCCAGUGGAAGAGCCUCGCCGGGUUCUAUCUGUCAAUCUACGGGACCAUGGUCGGGUGCCUGCUGCUGCUCCUGGCCAUGGUCGGCGUAGUCCAGAUCAAGCUCGGCCGGCUCUCGUGCCACAGCGAGUUCGCAGUCAGCACCGUCUCCGUCAUGGUCAGCACCAUCGGCCUCGGCCUGCUGAUCUACUUCACCGUGGUGACCUACGGCCUGGUGUUCACCGCCAGGAACGCUCCACCGCCGCCCCAAGGCAAGGCGGCAGAGACCGGAAAGGGCGUUGCCGUCGCGGUUGGGAAGGAGUGA